UUUAAAAAUUGUGUAUACAUUUGGGGACUUGGGAACAUGGAUGAUGAUGGUAUGGAAAGAAUACCAGUUAAAAUUAAAAUUGAAGAACAACUACAUAGCGAAUUUAUUAUCAAAGAAGAAUUGCCAGAAAAUGAUCCAUUAGCAGAAACCACUACAGACGACAUCAAUUUUGAAAACACGAGUACAUCUACUAUUAAUAAUUUAACAAAUGAAGAAAUAACGAAAUAUAAAACAUUUAAUCUGGAAGAUAAUUUGGAAUUGCAACGAUUAUAUACUGGUAAACCAAUUUAUAAAUGUAAUUUUUGUGAUAAAACAUUUACACAGGAAAGUUAUUUUGUAAUACAUGAACGAACUCAUACUGGAGAAAGACCAUUUUCAUGUAACUUUUGUGGUAAAUCGUUCACACAGCAAAGUCAUUUACCGGCACAUGAACGUACACAUACCGGAGAAAGACCUUACAAAUGUAUGGUAUGCGAUAAAACAUUUACCGAACGUAGUAAUUUAACACGUCAUAUACGAACACAUACUGGAGAAAGGCCUUACAAGUGUAAUUUAUGUUGUAAAACUUUUACACGACAAACUAGUUUAACAGAACAUGAACGCAGUCAUAAUGGCGAAAGACCUUUUAAAUGUACAAUGUGUGAGAAAACAUUUAUAGCGAGAGCAGAUCUAACUAGACAUGAAAAAUUGCAUACAGGAGAAGGAGCAUAUAAAUGUAAUGUUUGUACGAAAAUAUUUUUAACGAAAACUGAUUAUACACGCCAUGAACGAACACAUACGGGAGAACGACCUUAUAAAUGUACGACAUGUAACAAGACAUUUAUACAACAAGGUAAUUUAACGGUACAUGAAAGGACUCACCAUAAGACUAAUUUAAAUAAUAUUGUUGUAAAAGAUCAACCAGAUAUUUAUCGAUGUCAUAUUUGUUACAAAACAUUUACGGGACGUAGUGACUUAGUGAAACAUGAAACAAUUCAUAACAUGAGUGCUACUGAUCUUGCCACAUAUGCGUGUAAUAUGUAUGAUCAAACUCAAUUUGUAACUAAAAUUAAAUGAAUAUCGAAGUACAGCCAGUAUUUAGA